AUGGAGGAAUAUGAUAUUAUUGUGCUUGGAACUGGAAUUAAGGAAAGUAUCCUCUCUGGUUUAAUGUCUCAAAGUGGGAACAAGAUUCUUCACAUUGACAGGAAUCCUUACUAUGGAGGAGAGAGUGCAUCUAUUUCUCCACUUGAGGAGCUUUACAAGAAGUUUAAGCUGCCAGGUCCUGCUAAAUCUAUGGACCAUGGAAAAGAGUGGAACAUCGACCUUAUCCCCAAAUUUCUUUUAGCCAAUGGUGAGCUGGUGAAAAUCUUGAUGCGCACUGAGGUUACUCGGUAUCUGGACUUCAAAGUCGUUGAAGCCAGCUAUGUAUACAAAGCAGGCAAAGUGCACAAAGUCCCCUGCACAGAGGAAGAUGCCAUGCAUGCUUCAGAUCUGAUGGGCAUGUUUGACAAGAGAAGGUUCAAGAAGCUGCUUCUCUUUGCCCUGAACUUUGACGUGAGAAACCCUCGGACCUACCAGGACGUGGAUCCAAACAAAAUGACCACGCGGGACCUCUUCGGCCGCUUUGACCUGGGACUAGAUGUCAUGGAGUUCACAGGUCAUGCUAUAGCCUUACACAGCAGUGACAGUUACCUGGACCAGCCGUGUGGGGAAACCAUCAGACGAAUCCAGCUGUACGCUGAGUCUUUGUCCCGCCACAACAGCAGUCCAUACCUCUACCCCGUGUACGGGCUGGGAGAGCUACCACAGGCAUUUGCCAGACUGAGUGCAGAAUACGGAGGAAAGUUCCUCAUGAACAGAGCAGUGGAUGAGCUUGUGAUGGACAACGGCAAAGUGAAAGCUGUGAAAUCUGAGGGGAAGCUGUUCAGCUGUAAACAAGUCAUCUGCGACCCCAGUUAUGUUCCUAAUCGAGUGAGGAAAGUGGAGCGUGUGAUAAGAGUCAUUUGUCUAUUAAAUCAUCCGGUUAAAAACACCCACGAGGCCAACUCCUGUCAAAUUAUCAUACCUCAAACGCAACUCAACAGGAAAUCUGACAUUUACAUAUCCGUAGUGUCCUAUGGCCACAGUGUGGCUUCAGACGGGAUGUACAUCGCCACAGUGAGCACGACUGCAGAAACCAGCAACCCAGAGAAAGAAGUUCAGCCAGGGCUGGAGCUUCUUGAGCCCAUUGUGCAAAAAUUUGUUUCAGUCAGCAAUGUGCUGGUUCCCAAAGAAGAUGGAAAAACGAGUCAGAUAUUUGUGUCCCGCUCAUAUGAUGCUUUGAACCACUUUGAGGUUGAAUACGAGGACAUUAAAGAUAUGUACCUCCGGAUCACAGGAGCAGAGCUCGGCUUCAGAGGAUCACAGAGACACCAGUCUCACAACUCUGAUGAAGACUGAGGAAGACUUUCAACAUCAGUACCAAAUAGUUCCAGCAGCUGGGAGGCUAUAAUAACAUUAUGGAUGAUUAUACUGAGUGGUGUGUUA